AUGGAUGGAAGCCUAAAUUUACAAAGUGGAAAAAAAACGGGCCUAUGGUUAUCUAUCGGGUAUAAAACUAGGCCUAUAUCUGUUUAUAUUCGGAACAAACUGUUUGGUAUUGAGAGCAGUACUCAACUAGGUGAUCCUCGCAUCAUCUCUAUCAUCGGGAUGGGGGGACUUGGCAAGACUACUCUCGCACAAUUAGUAUUCAAUGAUACCAAUAUAAAAACUCAUUUUCAAUUACCUUUGUGGGUCAGUGUGCCUAAUCCCUUUGAUCUCGGAGUAAUCGCUAAGGCAAUUAUACGAGAGGCUACCCAAAAGGAUACAACUAGCUCGACAUGGAAUGCUUUCCACACAGAACUCUGUGAGUCUGUCAAUGGAAAGAAAUUCUUACUUGUGCUAGAUGACUUUUGGACUGAGGAUCCAAAUAAUUGGGAUCCUCUGAAGCAUUUGCUCAAUCUUGGAGCAGAGGGAAGCCGCAUUUUGGUCACUACCCGCAGUGACAUUGUUGCUUGGAGGAUAAACUCUUGCAAGCAUAUGCUGGAAGUUUUAUCCUGCAGUGAUAGUGUUUCUUUGUUGCAUCAUAAAGCCUUUUUCGGAAAGGACAACGAAAAAAACAAAAUUCUUGAAGAAAUAUGUAACAAGAUAGCAAAUAAGUGUGAUGGUGUGCCUCUUGCAUUAAGUCUUCUAGGGAGUCUGUUGAAUAACAAAGUCAUUGGCGAUGUAUACUCGAAAGCAGGAUUUGGGAACUGA